CCUCGAAACCCAGAAAUAAUUAAUCCGCAGAUUUUUCUUGCUCUCCAAACACACCCUUUCCUUUCUCUCUUUAUCGCUAGGGUUUUAACUACGUCGCUCGAAAAAUUACAGAGUUUGUUGCUGUUUCUCCCGAAAAUAUCUUUAUUUAUUAGUCCUUUUCUAUAAGACGGUAAAAAAGGUAUGCCUCAACGCUCGGGCCCCAGAGCUCCAUUUCUCUAGGGUUUCGCAAGAUUUUUAGUGGAUAUACCUCAUUUCCAUGAUCUCUGUAAUGAACAACAAUUGCGAAGUCGAUGGAAAAUCGGAUGCCAUUGAAGACUCUGUAGAUGCGAAAGCUAAGGUCUCGGAAGGAGGCCUUGAUGGUUCUAACGACGAGAGGUAUUCGAAUUUGAGAAUAUCUGAUGAAGGUAGGGUUUCUCCAAUGGAGCUCGAUUCUGAAGCUCCGUAUAGUGAGGUUGGGUCUGUGAAACCGGAAAGCAUAAAAGAAGAGGAGGAGGAGGAGGCUAGGUUAAGUGAUGGUGGAGAAGUGGAUAAGGAAGUUGAAUCAAAGAGUACCGAGGUUAAGCUAGAAAAAUCGAGCGCCGAUAGACUCAAUGCUAAGAAUGAAGAAAUCGAGGGUCAUAGCCAUCGGUUUGAGACUGGAAAGGAUCGAAAAGAGCAUGAAAAGGGUAAUGGUUCUCAGUACAAUUCUUUGUUGUCCGAAUUUGAUGACUAUGUGGCUAAUGAGAAGAGCGGGCAAACGGGAACAUCUAGAGCACUGAGCUUCGGGUUCGAAAUCGGUGAUUUGGUGUGGGGAAAGGUUAAAUCUCAUCCAUGGUGGCCAGGACAUAUAUUCAACGAGGCUUUUGCGACUUCCCAAGUGCGUCGUACAAGGAGGGAAGGUCAUAUUUUGGUGGCUUUCUUUGGUGAUAGCAGCUAUGGUUGGUUUGACCCUGCUGAGCUUAUUCCAUUUGAUCCUAAUUAUUCCGAAAAAUCGCGGCAGACAACUUCCAGGAAUUUUGUGAAGGCUGUGGAAGAGGCAGUUGAUGAAGCAAGUAGGAGGUGUGCUGUUGGUUUGUCUUGUAAAUGUAGGAAUCCUUAUAAUUUUCGCAUGACGAACGUUCAAGGUUACUUUGCUGUUGAUGUGCCUGAUUAUGAGCCAUAUGCAGUUUAUUCUGCUAGUCAGAUUAGCAAGGCUAGAGAUAGUUUUAAGCCCAGUGAAACCUUGGCUUUCAUUAAGCAGAUGGCGGUAUUGCCAUUCGGUGGCGAUCCGAAAAACCUUAGUUUUGUCAAGGAUAGGGCCACAGUUUUUGCUCUGCGUAAGGCAGCGUUUGAAGAGUUUGAUGAGACUUAUGCUCAGGCAUUUGGUGUGCAUUCAGGUCGUCAAUCUCGUGAACAAGUUAAUUCAAUGGAUCAACUGGUUAGAGCACCACCUAGAGCUCCUUUGAGUGGUCCUCUGGUGAUUGCUGAAACUUUGGGUGGUGGGAUGAGUGCAAGUAAACCUAUGAAAAUUAAGGAAAGUUCCAAAAAAGACAGGUAUCUUUUCAAGCGGAGAGAUGAAAACAGUAAUGCAACUACCCAUCAAAUUAUCCUGGGGCAAGCAAGUUCCUCGGUCCCAUCAGGAUAUAUGGAGGGUACAAUAUCAGUUAAAGAUGGUGAUUUUGUGUUGCAGAAGAGGGCUCCAACUGUCUCUUUGAAGUCUUUGGUACCAGCAAAGGAUGAACAAAGUGGAAUUACCAGCAUGAGCAGUUUGGCAUCAGUUUCAGAUAUAUCGGGCAAAGAUGCUGUAAUUAUGGAUCAGGCAUCAGCUAGCAGUUCUGUUGCGACCCUUGGUGUUAAUAUAGAUUCAAAACAAUCUUUUGAUAUGAGGAAGGAUGCUCUACAGGAAGUAAAAGAGGAGGAAUCAACACCUGUAUCAGAUGGAGGUGUGGUUUCUACAAGCACUGGCGGCCCUGAUUUGUCAGGGGAGAGGACAUUGCCAUGUGCAAUAGAUGGUGCAUCUCAAUCUUUAAAGAGGGAUCGUGAAAAUUUGGUUGAGAGUAAUCGUGAGGAAACUCAAGAAUCUCAGGUGAGUUUUCCAAAAACAGUGGAACAGGAGCCUGUUCAGGAUGUUCAUAGUGAUCAAGGACCUUCUCCAAACGAUGCAAAGCGUUCUAGUGGAAUGAGCAGUGUUGGUGGAGUGAAGGCAAAAGUUCUUAAACGCCCUGUUGAGGAAUUGAGAUCUGGGAAAUCUACGACGGAGGAGAAAAAGAUGAAGAAAAAGAAGAAACAGUUAGGUUCUGAGACAAGCUUCAGAGAUCCACAAAAGCAUUUGCCUACCAAAAAAGUCGGUCCUUCAGUGGGAAAAUUAGUAGGAAAAGCUACCCAGAUUGGUUUGUCUCCUAGAGAAGAUUUUAGAGUUGAACACCAUAAUAAAAAUGCUGCUUCCGGUAAUACCAUUUCUGAUAAUGUUGCAACAUCGUCAUUGGUUGGUAUGGGAAAUGUUGAGCUUGAACUACCGAAACUCUUGAAUGAUUUGCAUGCCCUUGCACUUGAUCCUUUUUAUGGUGUGGAAAGAAACUGUCCCAUAGUUGUACGACAGUUCUUUUUACGAUUUCGGUCUCUUGUUUAUCAGAAAAGCUUGGUUCUGUCACCGCCAUCUGAGUCUGAAUCUGUUGAAAUCCGUCCCUCUAAAUCUUCUGUAGGCGGACUCUCUGAAAAUAAUUCCACCGAGCAUGUUAGAGAUCUGCCUUCAUCAAAACCUGCAAAACCCCUUUCCAGAUCUGAUGAUCCAACUAUUGCUGGGCGGAAACGGGCUCCAUCUGAUCGGCAGGAAGAGAUUGCAGCAAAGAGGUCCAAAAAAAUUAGUGAUAUAAAAACUUUGGCUGCGGAAAAGAAAGCUAGCCAGAAAACUUCAGAAGUGCAGCGUGGAGAGGGAAAAGAGUCAGCAGUACCACUACUCCGGAAAUCAAUCAAGCCAGAUUCUGCUAAGAAAGGGGAGCCUUCUGCUAGGGUAGUUCAACCCACUACGCUGGUGGUGAAAUUCCCUCCUCAAAUUUCUCUUCCAUCUCCAGCAGAGCUGAAAGCGAGGUUUGCUCGUUUUGGGCCUAUGGAUCAAUCCGGUCUACGUGUAUUUUGGAAGUCUUCAACGUGCCGAGUUGUAUUCCUCUACAAGUCUGAUGCUCAAGCAGCAUACAAAUAUGCUGUAGGAAACAAUUCGUUAUUUGGCAACUUCAGUGUGAGGUGCUAUCUGCGGGAAGUGGAAGUUCCAGGACCAGAAGUACCAGAAUCUGGGAAGGGACAUGGAGAUGACAAUCCCAUGGAGACAAGGGUUAAGGAUCCUGCAGUCAUAUCCCGACCAGCAUCAGGGCUCAUGCAGCAGCCUCUUCCACAGCCUGCUACCCAUCUUAAAUCCUGUUUGAAGAAGUCAUCUGGCGAGGAAUCAGUACAGGUAACGGGUGGUGUUUGUGGUGGUAAUGGCAAGGGGACCCCACGUGUAAAAUUCAUGUUGGGUGGGGAAGAUAGUAGGAGUGAGCAAUUGAUGACUGGUAAUAGAACUAACUUCAACAACAACAACAACAACAACAACAACAUUGCUAGUUUUGCAGAUGGCGGUGCACCUUCUUCUUCUUCUUCUUCUACUACUACUACUACUACUUCUGUUGCAAUGGAUUUUAAUAGUAGGAACUUUCAAAAGGUCAUUUCUCCAUCUCCAUCGCCUAUUCUUCAACUCCCUCCUCAAUUUGCAAAAGCCCCAGUUAAUAAUUCGCAUCAUUCUGAAAUGGCACCCAGAAAUACUCACAAUCUGAACACUACUCCACCAAGUGCACCACCCACCGUUGAUAUUUCCCACCAGAUGCUAAGCCUCUUGACGAGGUGCAACGAUGUUGUAACCAACGUCACUGGCUUGCUGGGCUACGUGCCUUAUCACCCUCUUUGAUUAAAAACACAAAAAUUUGAACUUUUGGCAAAAAAAUAGCGAAAACCAAAGGGUCGGAACCAAUAUUCUAGCUUCAUAAGCUGCAAGAACGACCUCCCAGUCUCAGUCCCAGAGAUUUGUAAAGAGAAAAACAUAAAAAAAUGGACGUUGUGGAGAAUAAUUGUUCGAGAUAGAGGCCAAUUUUAAGGAUAGUUUUAGGCUCAAUGUUGGAAGUUGUUGAUGUUUAAAAGUGGGAUUUGAUACUUCAAAUGUACUCUUCUAAUAUAGUGUCAUAUUUGGAUGUGCC